AACCCCUAGGCCUUAACUGAUAAAGCAUUCACCAGUGUUUGGUUACUCAGCAUGUUCCUUGUUAGAGAAGAAAGGCGAGUCGAGUCUGAUUACCAUUCUAACUAAGACCUAAGUCUUAAGAUCUAGGAAAAUUGAUCAAUUGUCUGAUCACAAAUUCACACGGCCCACGGCAUCGGGAGUAGUCGGGCGCGGGCGUCAGGGAGUGAUUGGUAAUUCAAUUGGUAGUUGGUCACUGUUGGUAGACCUAUCACCUCAAUGCCAAAGAUGUUACAAAUGCAGCUUGAUAUAUAGAAGUGACUGACUUACAAGUACUAUCAAUAGGUACACAGCAGACCUGCCUACAAAUCUGGAAGACGUUGGAGUUUAGCAGAGUGCAACCGAUUACUGGAACAUUGCGGGAACAUUGCAAAGAGAGUAGAGGCAAGCCCCGAUCAUGGGGGACAAACCUGGGAGUGCCAAGGCCAAGGGCCGGUUCUUUGAGCUACGGGUGAAGCUCUUCACUGAUGAAAUCUUUGUCAUGAAGGAGGUGUACCAGGAGAUGAAGAUAAGAGCUUUGAAAUCCAGGAUGGAGUUUGUUACCGGGAUACCCAGCCAUCUGCAAAGAUUAACUUACCUUGAUGAAGCCGACAUGAUGGAUGAUAGUGAUGUCAAACACCAUGAUAUAGUACCAGGUGCAAUCAUUAAUCUAGAUGUCUGGAAUACAUGGAAAACUCUCAUCUCAGCAGCAGCAAAAGGAGACGUGAAUCAGGUGAUGAAGCUGGGAGUUACGAAGGACACAACAUACGAGACUCCAUCUUCGAAGACAAUGAGAGAGAAGUCGAGGCAGGCAUGGAUAGCAGACAGAGCUUUUGUUGCUCUCUGUAUAGCUGCUCACAGAGGUCAUGUCAACAUGGUACAGAAACUCAUCGAGGGAGGUGCUGAUGUACAUGCAAAGACUGCCAAUGGCCGCACUGCUUUGCACAUAGCAGCAGCCCAAGGUAUGAACAGUGCUGUUGAGGUCCUGCUGCACAACGGUGCCACAAUUGAUGAUCCAGACACAGAGAACAAGUCGCCAUUGGUCCUUGCUGGAUUGUGGGGCCACAAAUCCUGCGAGAGGCAGAUCUUCCUCUUCCAAUGGCAACAGAGGGCAGCAAAGCAAAAGCCGAUCGCGCGCUCAAGCGGACGCAUGGCUCACCAGAUGUACGACUCAAAGCUGAAGACGUGGUUCAACGGCGCCUACGCACAGAUGUACACCACACAGAUACUGCCACCUGGAGAAUUCUCAGGGACGAGGCUCAGUGCACCGAGAAGGAAGCAUCGACCAGAGUCUGCUUCGAGUGGGUGGUCGAGCGACGGGGAGGUCGAUGAUGAUUGGCUGGUUGAUCAGGAGGAGGUAGGGACUCAGGUGCGACUUGGGAUGGAAACGUUGAAGAAUGUGCAAGAAGCAGAAGCAAGGGCAGGUGGAAAGAAGGGUUCAAAGGCGGAUAAAGGAAAAGGUGGAGUGAAAGAUCGCAACUCGACCUUCGACGAUUGGUUGUCAAGGAAACAGAACAAUGAACGAGAUCAGACGAAGGGCAAGAAGAAAGCCGACGCCCGUUCAAAGCUGUUGCAGGAGGACAAGAAGAGAAGUAAGGCAGGGAAAGAACCGACAAAGCGAAGCUAUGGCCUGAAUCCUAAAUCACCGGAAAGGGCGACGCCCGACGACGGCUCCUUUGAUAUGAUGAAGCUGAGAAAGGAGAUGAACAUUUUCAACCCCAUCGAUGUCCAACACUGACCAUCCUAGGAAGAAGGGAGAAAGGUUUGAAAUAAUGAAUGGAUAAGUCAAGGGGAGAGAACUGCAUGAAUACAAAGCAUGCAAUAGACCAGCUUUGGUCAAAAUGACCCCCAAAUAUCCACAAGACUUUUGCACAUGGAGACGUUCCACUUUGUGCAUUUUAGAAUAAUUACUGCCGGAGUAAUGGAAAUGCUUCAUGAAAACCUUUUAUUUGCCCUCUUGAGAAGAAUACUUUCAAAUGUGUAUCAGAAGUGGUCCUUGGUGAAUGAAUGAAUAAUGAUUAUAUAACUUUCAUGAGCAUGACUCCAGUAUGCGGCUUGACGGGUUUACAAUUUACAAUGACCUACAGCUACCCAUGCGCAGAUUGUAUCUAUGGCAAGUCCAAGAUACUGUAUCAAGCGGAUAGCCCUAAUUCUAGAGCUUGAAAGAAACAAAAUGUUGAGUAAAUUAUAUUUUUAUAAUGCAAGUAAUAUAAGUCAGUAAUCAUUGGUGACAUAUGGGCCAUACCUUGGUCUUGCCCAAAUAUCUUGUGAUGAAUUGACCAAAUUACGAUGUAUGGGAAUGAUCAUUGUAAUCAUUUACUUGUACGUACUACAUGUUCACAUGUAUCAAUUACCAGUAAUAACAUAUCAAAUAUUGUAGGAGAAAUAAUAGGCACUCAAUGAACAUAGAUUUCAGGUUCCUGUCUCAUGAAGUGUUGCAAUUGAUCCAAAUCGGACACAACAGUCCUUAUUCUACUGAUUAAGUUAAAACAAAGGUCUAGGAUCACUUUUAACAAAAGAAAAGAUCUCUAACUAACUUCCUUUGUUAUAUCUAUGCCCUGUCUUACAAAGAGUUGAUAGUAAUCGCAACUUAUUUGCGCUUGAUAUCAAUCGCAUAUGUACUGUAGAUAAGAGAUAGAAGAUUGCAAACUUGCGAUUGAUUUGGAUUAAUCGCAUCUCUUUGUAAGAUGGUGCCCUGAUUUGGACACUAGCUUAGUGUAAAAUUUAGGAUACGGGUCAAUGUAUUUAGGUGAAUAUCAAUCGCAGCUUUAAAGGCAGACCCUGGGAUGCCAGCAUUUUACCACCUUGAGUAGUACAGUGAAACCUGUAUACCGGUAUAUAUAAAAAUCUCUCUGAGGAGGGACAAGAAAAGUGGUCUUUAUAGGGAAGUUAUAUUUAUGUAUAUGUGAUCCAUGUUUCAUUGAGAAACUCUUUACAAGGGAGACAAAGGAUGUGGUCCUUGUAGACAAGUGGUAUUUCUUUACACGAGGUCACUGUAGAAAGAUUCUUUUUAAAGUUAAACCAUGGUGAUAGUCAAGGUUAUGGACGCAUUU